GCUCAACGGGCAGCCGUGGCGGCUGGGUAAUGGCAGCCUUGUGAGGAGGCUCUGGGGGAGCAGCCUGCGCGCGAGACACACACGGUGAGGCGAGGGGGUGGGGACGCGACGCUGACCCAGGCCUCCCCUGUUGCCAGAUUCACAUUAACUCCCCACAAUGUCCUUGAAACCACGAGUAGUUGAUUUUGAUGAAACAUGGAACAAGCUUCUCACAACUAUUAAAGCUGUUGUUAUGUUGGAUUAUGUUGAAAGAGCAACAUGGAAUGAUCGCUUCUCGGACAUAUAUGCUUUGUGUGUGGCCUAUCCUGAACCUCUUGGGGAGAGACUUUAUAUGGAAACUAAAAUUUUUUUGGAAAAUCAUGUACGCCAUUUGCACAAGACAGUCUUGGACUCUGAAGAAAAAGUAUUGGUAAUGUAUCAUAGAAACUGGGAUGAAUACAGUAAAGGGGCAGACUAUAUGGACUGUUUAUACAGAUACCUCAAUACACAGUUUAUUAAAAAGAACAAAUUGACUGAAGCUGAUCUUCAAUAUGGUUAUGGAGGAGUGGAUAUGAGUGAGCCAUUGAUGGAGAUUGGAGAGCUCGCACUUGAUAUGUGGAGGAGAUUAAUGAUUGAGCCCUUACAGGCCGUCCUCAUUCGAAUGUUGCUCCGCGAAAUUAAAAAAACUGAUCAGCAGUACAAGCUUCAGCUACUUCUGUCAGUCAGCCUUGUUCCAGGUGAUCGUUGUGGAGAAGAUCCAAAUCAGAAAGUAAUCCAUGGGGUUAUUAACUCCUUUGUUCAUGUUGAACAGUAUAAGAAAAAAUUCCCUCUGAAGUUUUAUCAGGAAAUUUUUGAGUGUCCUUUUCUGAAUGAAACUGGGGAGUAUUAUAAACAAGAAGCUUCAAAUUUAAUGCAAGAGUCAAACUGCUCACAGUAUAUGGAAAAGGUUUUAUGUAGGCUAAAAGAUGAAGAAAUGAGAUGUCGAAAAUAUCUACACCCCAGUUCCUACGGCAAAGUAAUUAAUGAAUGCCAACAGCGAAUGGUAGCAGACCACUUACAGUUCCUUCAUGCAGAAUGUCAUAACAUCAUCAGACAAGAGAAGAGAAACGACAUGGCGAACAUGUACACACUGCUUCAUGCUGUGCCAAGUGGCUUACCUCAUAUGAUUCAGGAACUACAAAACCAUAUCCAUGAUGAGGGCCUUAGAGCAACCAGCAACCUUUCUCAGGAAAAUAUGCCCACUCAAUUUGUAGAAUCAGUGUUGGAAGUACACAGUAAAUUUGUUCAGCUCAUUAAUACUGUUUUGAAUGGUGACCAGCGAUUUAUGAGUGCCCUUGACAAGGCUUUAACAUCAGUAGUGAACUAUAGGGAACCAAAGUCUAUCUGCAAAGCUCCUGAGCUGCUGGCCAAAUAUUGUGACAACUUGCUAAAAAAAUCAGCAAAAGGCAUGACAGAAAAUGAAGUAGAAGACAAACUUACAAGCUUCAUUACAGUUUUCAAGUACAUUGAUGAUAAAGAUGUUUUUCAAAAGUUCUAUGCCAGAAUGUUGGCAAAACGGCUUAUACAUGGUUUAUCUAUGUCCAUGGACUCUGAAGAAGCUAUGAUUAACAAAUUGAAGCAAGCCUGUGGUUACGAGUUCACUAGUAAACUCCAUCGAAUGUACACAGACAUGAGUGUUAGUGCAGAUCUUAACAACAAAUUCAACAACUUUAUAAAAAAUCAAGACACCAUCGUAGACUUGGGAAUUAGUUUUCAGAUAUAUGUUCUUCAGGCUGGAGCAUGGCCCUUGACCCAGGCGCCUUCAUCUACCUUUGCAAUUCCUCAGGAACUGGAAAAAAGUGUACAGAUGUUUGAAUUAUUUUACAGUCAACAUUUCAGUGGAAGGAAACUUACCUGGUUACAUUAUCUUUGCACAGGUGAGGUCAAAAUGAAUUAUUUGUGCAAGCCGUAUGUAGCCGUGGUUACCACCUACCAAAUGGCAGUGCUGCUGGCCUUUAACAACAGCGAAAUCGUCAGUUACAAAGAGCUCCAAGAUAGCACACAGAUGAAUGAGAAGGAACUGACAAAAACUAUCAAAUCAUUACUUGAUGUCAAAAUGAUCAACCAUGACUCAGAUAAGGAAGAUGUAGAGGCAGAGUCCACUUUUUCAUUAAAUAUGAAUUUCAGCAGUAAAAGAACAAAAUUUAAAAUCACUACUUCAAUGCAAAAAGACACCCCACAGGAAAUGGAGCAAACAAGAAGCGCUGUAGAUGAAGAUAGGAAAAUGUACCUUCAAGCUGCAAUCGUCCGCAUCAUGAAAGCACGGAAGUUGUUGCGACACAAUGCUCUCAUUCAGGAGGUAAUUAGCCAAUCAAGAGCUAGGUUUAACCCAAGUAUCAGCAUGAUUAAGAAGUGUAUUGAAGUUCUGAUAGACAAACAGUACAUUGAACGGAGCCAGGCCUCGGCAGAUGAGUACAGCUACGUAGCAUGAAUUUAAUAUUCUACAGAUACGGCUGUGUGGAGAUCAUUUCUGUCUCUGCUUGGUGUGUUCCGUGGGGAAAAAAGCAGGUCUGUGGUGCCUCCAUAACUGGUCUUUUGGCAGUCCCUGUUUUUUCUGCUGUUUACAACAUCACCAGUGCCACGUCAUGAGCGUCAGUGAAGAAAAAAGCCUAUAGAUAUCCCGAGCUCAUGUCAUUAUGACAUUUCUUAAAACUUUACUAAAAGAGAAUGAGUGAAGUCUUGCUGAAAUGUGGAAAUUUUGGUUGGAUACCAUGCUUCCCCCUUCCACCUCUCCAUCCUCCCACGUUUGCAGUUGAUGUUUUUUUUUAAUGUAUCUUAAAAGACAAACUUAAAACAGACUAAAUAUUGUAAUAUGGCAGAUAACAUAAUAAUUGUAUCUACACUGAAAUGUAAAAAAAGAAGAACACAAUACUGCUGCUUAUCAAAUAAAUAAAAAAAAUGGAAUAUGUUGUACAA